AUGCCUCGAUGGGAGGGUACUAUUUCCGGCCGGGCACGGGGGGCGGCAAGAGCAUGUGGCACAUCUACCUGCCGCACGGGGGGUGGUGCCUCUCGCCUGGCCAGUGCCUCCGCAGGAGCAAGGCGUGGCUCGGCAGCAGCACCUUCUAUCCUCAAGACCCCCUCAACGCGGUACGAUGAUGCUCUCUCCCUUACGGCCCCUUUCCUUCUUAACGUCAACGAGUGCCUCCAAAGGAUCAAGGCACCGCUCGGCAGCAGCACGUUCUAUUGUCAUGAUCCCACCAACGCGGUACGCUGCUCUCUCCCCUUUAAAGCCUCCCAAGGCGCCACUCUGCAGCAGCACCUUCUAUCCUCGUGA